CGAAGGAAUGCUGCACAAAAACAUUUUGUUAGCUGUAAACCUUUUUAGGGAAGAACGUUUCGUUGGAUGAAAGUUUCACAAAUUGAAUAAACGCGAAUUUUUUGGAAUUAGCUUUCGCGAAAGAAGCCAAAUAGGAUCUUUUGUAAGAAUAAACUUUUGCGUUUUAGGAAACUGGAGUUUCCUUCUGUUUUGAUUCAACUUAAUACCAACAAAAGAAGAAAAGCAAUAUUGAAAUUCGUUAAAAGCAACCAUUCGUCAUCAAAGUUUCCAAUUCCAAGAGGAUCAACAGUAUUGUUCUCUGGAUAUUCCGCGAUAAUAAACUUUCGCAAAUUUCGUAUUUCAGGACGUUUUGCGGAUCAAACCUUUUUUCUAUUGAUCGAUUUUCAAAUCACACUGUUUGAUGAAAAUGCAAGGUUGGCUAUGUCUUGGAAAUUACAGACCAAUGGCAGUUCUGUCUGCUAUUUCUAAAGUUUAGGAGCGUUUGAUGUUUGAACAAAUCGUAAUUUAUUCAGGAUCUUUCCUGUUUCAGUAUCUCUGUGGAUUUCGGGAAUACACAACAGGCUCUUGUGAAUGUGAAUGUGUAAAGGAUAUUAUACACAACAGGCUCUUGUAAGAUUUCUCGAGAAAUGCAAAUCAGUUUUGGACAAAAAAGGAUUUGCAGGAGCAAUCUUGAUGGACCUCUCUCUAAGGCGUUUGAUUGCAUAAAUCAUGAACUGCUAAUUGCCAAAUUAUCUGCUUACAGUUCUAGCGGAUCAGCUCUAAAAUUGAUUCAUAGUUACUUAAAUGAAAGGCAGCAAAGAGUGAAGGUUAAUGUUUCAUUCAGCACCUCGAAAUUGACUUCCUUAGGUGUUCCCCAAGGUUCAGUUUUGGGACCCCUGCUCUCCAACCUAUAUAUUAGUGGUUUCUUCUACCUGGUGAAAGAUACUGAGAUUUGCAACUACGCAGAUGACACUACUAUCUUUGCGUGUGGUUCAGAUCUGGGUCCAAUCUUAGAAUCACUUGAAAGGGAUGCCGCUUUACUAUCACUCUAGAUUGAAAAUAUCUAUAUGAAGAUGAAUGAGGAUAAAAGCCAUUUGCUUGUCUUCGAGGAUGAAGAUGACAAGGCAACUGUAAAUAUUUUUGGAUCUUUGCUAGAGGAAAGUGACGAAGAGAAACUACUAGGAGUGACACUCGACAAAAAACUGAAUUUCAAAACUCGCGUUAAUAAUCUUUGUAAGAAAGCAAACCAAAAGCUGCAUGCACUGGCACGAGUGUCAAGAUAUAUGGAAACGCCACAAUUAGAAUUAACAAUGACCUCCUUUGUAAUGUCGCAUUUCAGUUAUUGUCCACUUGUGUGGAUGUUUCAUGAUAGGAAAUCGAAUAACAAGAUCCGUGAAAGAGCCCUCAGAAUCAUACAAAGAGAUAGUACUUCCAAUUUUGAGAAACUUUUAAUUAAAUGUAACUCAGUAUGUGUUCACCAGAAGAAUUUGCAGCUGCUCCUGACAGAGAUUUAUAAAACCGUAAACAACUUGAAUCCGUCUUUUAUGGCGGAAAUAUUUGUUACUGAAGAUGUGCUAUAUGGCCUUCGUGGCGGUAAUAAUCUUGUUUUUUCUGAGGGCUAGAACGAAUUCAUAUGGUAUUGGUACUAUCAGAUAUAUUAGUCAAAAAUUAUGGCAGACUUUGCCAAAAGAAAUCAAAGAGUCCCGAACAUUAGAAAUGUUUAAAAGAAAUAUCACGUCCAUCCAGGACAUUUGGACUGCAGGUGCAAAUCGUGCAAAGACUUUGUUCCGAAUCUAGGAGAAACAUUAAUAAAAUAAAGAUCAGAUGAAAAGAUGUAGGGUAAAGAUUUUACCAUGCCAACUGAAGCUAUUAUUUAUCGGUAUUUACACACCCUCGAAAUGUUGCUUGAAAAAAACAAUAUAAAAACAAACACGGAUGUACAACAUGUUGAUAAAGGCAUCAAGGAAGCCGAUUCAAAUGACGCUAAGGAAAACUGGAAACAAGAAGGCAAAAUACCAGCUGCCUUUUAAUAAUUGCAUACUUCAUUUCCCAAAGCAAGACCUCGAAAUCAGGGAGGGAAUGUAAGCAGUUGUAAAGGAAACUUAAAGGAUCCAACAUGAACUCAGGGAAGCUGUGUGUAAUGGUUGCUCUCAUGGCAACGUGGUUCUGUUUGACGAAUGGUCUUUCGGAAAGCGGACUGGACAGCAGCUCAAAUAGCAUCAACAUGAUAACAGAACAAAGCACCGUCAUGAUAGCCGGUUAUUUCGGGGUCCAUUUUAAGAAUUCAUCGGCUCCUUCAUAUUGUGGUAGCCUCGUUCAUGAUGCAGGCAUAACCCUAGUGGAGGCUAUGAGAUAUGCUGUGGAGAAAAUAAACGGGAAAGCAUUUUUGUUCGGAAAAAAGCUUGGUUUCAGGAUUGUAGAUACCUGCAGCAAUACUGCAACACUACGCCGGUCACUUUUCCAUACACUGCGUAUGGAUUAUUACAUUGGGGUCGUUGGCCCAGCUGCAUCGGACGAAGCCAUCCUUGCUGCUGCGGUCCACAGCGUCGACAAAGCGGCAGCCGUCAGCUAUUCUGCAGCCAGCACGGUAUUUGAGGACCGUAACACCUACUAUAACUUUUUCAGUACAAUUCCAUCUGAUGAGCUACAGGUAAAGGCCUUGGUGGAUCUCAUUAGUUACUUCAACUGGACCUAUAUCUCUACGGUGAAUUCGUAUGGUACAUAUGGACAACGGGGAGUUGACAACUUUAUUAAGGAGUUACAAAAGAGUAAAGCAUGCGUCGCAAGAAGAAUUGACUUACCUGAUUAUCCAUCAGACAACGACUUCAUGCGAACAGUCACAGAACUGUUGUCGGUUGAAAAAGCGAAGGUUGUCAUUCUGUUCACCACGCAAGCCGACACCCGUCGUCUUCUUACAGCUGCAAAAGAUGUAAAAACCUUGACCUGGGUUUCAAGCACAGGUUGGGAUGCAGAUUUGAAUGUGGUAGACGGGGCUCGACAAGCUGCAAAUGGAUCACUUAUUCUUCAGUAUGCAGGGGCUAGCAAUGCUGAAUUCAUGAACUACUUUAAAAAUAUGACAUUGAAAUCGAACAAUUACACGUGGUUUAGGGAGUUUUGGAGUGAAGUUUUCGAAUGCGAUGCUGAUGGGAAGGACAGUAGGAAGCCAAGGUGUUCUGGUGUUGAGAAUUUAAACAACAGCUCUUUCUAUGGCAAGUAUGCUCCUGUGCAGCCUGUACUGAGUGCAGUUGAAUCUGUUGUUUGUGCCUUACGGAAAAUCAUGUUGAAAUGGUGCCCGUCUGGAAACACAACAUGCAUUGAUAGAAUCUGGAAAGGAACCUAUGUGUUUGAAGACGGCAUUGUUAAUAAUUUGAAGAGUGGAAACAGUUCUUGUGCAGGCCUUGAGGAUUCAGUUGACUUCAAUGCAAAGGGAUACUACUCAAGAAAUUUUACGAUCUUAAAUUUUGAUGGAGCAACAUACAAAGAGGUUGGUAUGUGGAUAGAAAAUACAACCGCUGGUAAAAAGAACUGGCAGAUUAUGGAUGAAAAGAUAACUUGGAAAGGCAGUGCGAUGCCUGUCUCUGUUUGCUCACUGCCAUGUAAAUGGGGUGAGGUGAAAGUUUCAAGUAACCGCGACUGCUGUUUCACAUGUAGACCCUGUGGAAACAAUGACAUAAUAAGAAAUGAUAGUUGCAUCCAAUGUGGUGAAUUUGAGAAAGCUAGCGAUGAUUUGGUUAUUUGCAAAGCACUGCCUUUGGUGUUCAUAGAUGUAAACAGUGCUGCUGGUUGGGUAAUUGUGAUUGGCUCCUUAACAGGAAUUUUGCUGAACACAAUGUUUCUUGUUGUGUUUGUUAAAUUCAGAACUUCACGAAUUGUUAAAGCCUCCAGCAGAGAGCUCAGUUUUAUAAUCAUACUUGCUCUAUAUGUAUGCUUUAUCUCACCGUUAACCAUGAUGAUGAGACCAUCACAAGUUGUGUGUGGACUGCAAAGGUUUAUCAUCGGACUUAGUCUGACUGGCUGCUACACGCCCCUGAUGCUGAAGACCAACCGUAUAUAUCGUAUUUUCAAGGCAUCAAUAUCGAUGAUAUCGAAACCUAUGCUAGUUGGCUCAAAGUCACAGAUCUUGAUAUGCAUGGGUCUACUUGGGGUUCAGCUAUUGUUGGGCAUUAUGUGGGUUGUAGGGGACCCACCCACUGUUGUCAACAGACACAUUAAUGACAAAACACAAGUUGCUGUCAUUUGCAAGUUUGAUGCAUUCAACGUCAUUCUAAAUUUGAUUCCAUGUUUUGUUCUCAUGGCUAUUUGCACCGUUUUUGCCUUCAAAACCCGAAAAUUUCCAACAAACUUUAACGAAGCGUACAGCAUUGGCUUAACGAUGUACGUCAGCUGUUUUCUCUGGGGUGUUUUCAUCCCCCUUAUUCUCUUUCUUGAAAUGGACAAAGAGAGUGUCUUUGUGACGAUUUACGUAAUUGCAUCAUUUACAAUUAUCGUUGGAUUGAUAACCCUACUUGGACUCUUUGGCCCAAAGCUGAGCAAAUUGCUGUUUGACAACAGAGUAGCCCCUACGAUGGAGAUGUUCUCAGAAUUCAACAGCAAAAGGCAGGAAUCUGUGCCAAAUUCUGCCGUACAACAGCAGCAACAGCAACUAGCAACAAUCACCGAAGACGAAUCUUAUUACGAGCACAAAAAUACGGCAAUAAUGCGACUGAAGACAGUUUCGAAAGAUGCGUCCACCAACACGUGACUUAAGCAGCGUUAGAUUUACUUAAGGUAGCAAGGGCGUGGUUGUUGCAGGUGGAUGAACAAAUGGACUUGACAUUUGGUUCAGACACGAAAAUAGGCCCUAGAAAACUCCUUUCUUCGCCUUUUAGACCAUUUCUGAAAAGGAAUCCCGAGAGGAAGAUGCUGGCCAUCUUAAUCCUGCGCUACCGAGUUUUGUAUAGACUAUUUCGAAUAUAUUAGAAUGCAAACUUUAUAUUCAGAAAAAUGUGAGAUUUCUAGAAUUGGAAGAGAAUCACGACCCGAGGAAA